AUGUCUGCCCUUCCCGACUUCCUGAGCCAAAAGGCGCCCGAGAACUAUGUCGCCGGCGUGGGUCGUGGCGCGACGGGCUUCGUCACGCGCUCGGACCUGGGCCCGUCGCACGAGGGCCCGACCGACGAGCAGAUGAAGGCGGCGAUCGCCAAGCGGUCCAUGCAGCUGCAGAACAAGGCAAACGGCCGCGACUCGAAAGACGACGACAAAGACGACACCGCCGACGAUCCACAGUACCAGGACCCGGACAACGAGGUCGGCCUAUUCUCGGGCGGUAUCUACGAGAAAGACGAUGAAGAGGCCGACCGCAUCUGGCAGGAAGUCGAUGAGAAGAUGGCGAAACGGCGCCAGAAGCAAAGGGAAACACGCGAGCAAGCCGAGCUCGACGAGUACGAGCGCCAGAACCCGACAGUCGAGGCCCAAUUUGCCGACCUGAAACGUGCAUUGGGCACCGUCUCCGAGGAGGAGUGGCUCAGCCUACCGGACGUCAAAGACAUGACCGGGCGCACGAAACGAGAGCGCGAAGCCCGGCGACAACGCUUCUAUGCCGUACCCGACACGGUCCUGGCAGCAGCCCGCGACGGCACCGAACUGGGGACGACAGUGGCCGACGACGGCGAGCCGGGCGGCGCCAACAAAGACGGCACGGUGACCAACUUUGCCAAGAUCGGUGCAGCCCGCGACAAGGUGCUGCAGGCCCACCUCGACCAGGCCUCCCACUCGACCAACGGCACGAGCACCGUCCUCGGCACCUCGACAAGCGUCGACCCCCGCGGCUACAUUACGUCGCUCAAUAAGCUGGAGACGGCCGAAAAGGUCAGCGUGAGCGACGUCGACUUUGCGCGCAAGCUGCUCAAGUCGGCUGUCGAAUCGAACCCCUUGAGCGCUCCCGGCUGGAUCGCCGCGGCGCGCGUGGAGGAGCUGGCCGGCAAGGUCGUGGCGGCGCGCAACGUCAUUGCGCGGGGCUGCCAGCAGUGCCCCAAGAGCGAGGACGUGUGGCUCGAGAACAUUCGUCUCAACGAGAACCGCAACGCCAAGGUCAUUGCCGCCGACGCCAUCAAGGCAAACCGUCGGUCCGUGCGGCUGUGGGUGGAGGCCAUGAAGCUCGAGACGGACCCGCUGUCCAAGAAGCGCGUCGUGCGGCGGGCGCUGGACCACAUUCCCGAGUCGGAGGCGCUCUGGAAAGAAGCCGUCAACCUGGAGGAGGACCCCGAGGACGCGCGGCUGCUGCUCGCCAAGGCGACGGAGCUGAUCCCGGCCUCCAUUGACCUGUGGCUGGCCCUCGCGCGCCUGGAGACGCCCAAGAACGCAAAGGCUGUCCUGAACAAGGCGCGCAAGGCCGUGCCGACGUCGCACGAAAUCUGGAUUGCUGCUGCGCGUCUGCAGGAGCAGCUGGGCGAGGGAGGCAAGGGCAACGUCAUGAAGAGCGCCGUGCAGUCGCUCGUCAAGGAGUCGGCCAUGCCAAAGCGCGAGGAGUGGAUUGCCGAGGCCGAGAAGUGCGAGGAGGAGGGCGCCGUGCUUACAUGCGGCAACAUUAUCCGUGAGACACUCGGCUGGGGCCUUGAUGAAGACGACGACCGCAAAGAUACGUGGAAAGAGGACGCCCGCGACAGCAUCAACCGCGGCCGCUACGAGACGGCACGUGCCAUUUAUGCCUAUGCGUUGCGCGUGUUUGUCAACAGCAAGACGCUGUGGCAGGCUGCCGUUGACCUGGAGCGCAACCAUGGCACCAAGGAGGCGCUCUUCCAGGUGCUCGAGCGCGCGGUCGAGGCCUGCCCACACAGCGAGGUGCUGUGGAUGAUGCUGGCCAAGGAGCGUCUGCUGGCGGGCGAGCUGGAUGAGGCCCGUCGCGUCCUGGGCCGUGCCUUCAAGCAAAACCCCAACAACGAAGACAUUUGGCUCGCAGCCGUCAAGCUCGAGGCUGAGAACGGCUUCCCCGACCAGGCACGCCAGCUGCUGGCGACGGCGCGGCAGAACGCACCCACCGACCGCGUCUGGAUGCGCAGCGUCGCGUUUGAGCGGCAGCUGGGCAACAACGACGCUGCUCUGGAGCUUGUCCAGGAGGCGCUGCAGCUGUUCCCGGGCGCCGCGAAGCUGUGGAUGAUGAAGGGCCAGAUCUACGAGAACCUUGGCAAGGUGCCGCAAGCGCGCGAGGCGUACAGCACCGGCGUCAAGGCCGUACCCGGCUCUGUGCCGCUGUGGCUGCUCUUUGCGCGCCUCGAGGAACGUGCGGGUGCUGUGGUCAAGGCGCGCAGUGUGCUGGACCGCGCACGGCAGGCAGUGCCCAAAUCGCCCGAGCUGUGGUGCGAACUGGUGCGGAUCGAGCGGCGCGCCGGCAACAUGGCGCAGGCCAAGGCGCUGAUGGCGGCGGCGCUCAAGCAGAUGCCCAAGAGCGGCCUGCUGUGGAGCGAGCGCAUCUGGUUCUUGGAGCCGCGGACGCAGCGCAAGCCGCUGUCACUCGAGGCCAUUAAGCAGGUGGACAAUGACGCGCAGCUGUUCGUGGCCGUUGCGCGUAUUUUCUGGGGCGAGCGCAAGCUGGAGCGCGCACAGAAUUGGUUCGAAAAGGCGCUCGUCCUGGACGCCGACAUUGGCGACUCGUGGGCGUGGUACUACAAGUUCCUGCUGCAGCAUGGCACGGCGGAGAAGCGCGCCGAUGUCAUCUCCAAAUGUGUGAUGAAUGACCCGCGGCACGGCGAGCACUGGCAGGCAAUCGCCAAGGACCCAAAGAAUGCCAGCAAGGGCGUAGAGGAGAUUCUGAAGCUGGUCGCAGCCGAGUUGUCCUGA